GGGAGACCGAGAGACACAGGGAGACAGAGAGACACAGGGAGACACAAGGAGACCGAGAGACACAGGGAGACCGAGAGACACAGAGGGAGACCGAGAGACGACACAGGGAGACAGCCCGCGGCCGCCCGUGCUCUUCCUAACUCGGCCACAAUGAGGUUUCGGUUUACUGGAGAUCGGGAUUGCCCGGACUGGGUUCUCGCAGAGAUCAGCACGCUCACAAAGUUGACGUCUGUGAAGAUGAAGCUUCUCUGUGUUCAGAUGAUUAAAGACCUUCUUGGAGAGCCAAUUAAUUACCAGAAAGUCACGAAGCUUACAGAAGACGCAAAAUUUGAAAGUGGAGAUGUGAAGGCGAGUCUGGCUGUGCUCGAGUUUGUACUGUGCAGUGCGGCUAAGUACAACGUGGAUGGAAAUUCUCUCUCCAGUGAGCUCCAGCAGCUCGGUCUGCCCAAAGAACACGCGUCCGCUCUGUGCAAGGUGUAUGAAGAUAAGCAAGCGGAGCUCCAGGAUCAGCUGAAGAGUCAGAGCCUGCGCCUGAGCCGUCUGGCAGGCGUCUCAUGGCGUGUGGACUACACACUCUGCUCCAGCGAACUAGCAGAGGUUAAUGAACCGUCUGUACAGCUUAGGCUCAAUAUCCAGGAUGGGGCCACUGGAGUUAUAAAUCCCAUUGCCUUCACACUGUCUGACAGCAAACUACGAGUCCUUCUCACAGAGCUGAAGACAGCACAGCAGCAGAUGUCAGAGCUGAGCUGAGCAUCGAAUUGUGAUCGGACCUCUGUUGGAAGUGUGGAGCAGCACAGCAGAUCUAUGCUGUGGAGGACACUCAUUCGACCCCUCUGCUCUUUGUUAUUACACCUUUGUUAAUUCUCUUGUCACCCGCAUAAUAUGGCUCGUUAAGAGUAUUUACAGGUAAUGGUUCCCUUCACAAUGUAUUUUCUUAUUAACACAUUUCGCUUGUAUUGUGCUGUCGAACGUGUAAUUUAAAUACAAUAAAGAGUUCAUUCUUCCGCGUA